AUGCUGAAAACAGCAAACCAUCCGGAAGUAAGGAGAAGGAAUGGGAAGAGGAACGAGAGCGCUUACUGGGACAGAUUGUUGGAGAGGGAGGAUUCAUUACGAAUUGUGCAGCAACAGCUUGUGGACACAAAAAAGAUCAACACGGACUUAUACGAUAAACUGAAAUUGGCGGACGAGAAAUGGCGGAAAUUGGAAAAAGACUUAUCGAGGAUCCGACAGCAGUACGCAGAGGAAAGUGAGUUUCUGAAAAAGACCAUCUCAAAUCUCGAAAUGUCAAACGCUGUUCUGCAGGAAAACGUACAAAAGAGGAACGAGAAUGACAAGAGUGAUCCGCAGCUGAGCUUGAAAAAGAAGUACGGGUCACAUGACAGAGUUGGUUUGGAAACGUUGCCAGGAAAAGCAGAAUUGCUCUUGCUCAUGGUACUUUACUGA